UUGAACACGAUAUUUUUUCUUCGAAGUUUGCAAGUUAAAUGAUGUUCAAAAAAGUUUUUCAUUGAGACUUUUCAAAAUGUCUGUUGACUGUCUUUAUGUGAAUCUUCGAAAGUAUUUCUGGAUGCUCUGUGAUAAGAAGUUUCAGUUUAUAACAUCUUAGCUACGCCCACUAGCAAGCGCUAUCAAAGUAAACUUUGCCCUUUUAACAAACUACUAAUAAAACAAAAGAAAUGAAUCAUUUCAAAAACUUGCUUGAUUGGUAUAGGUCGCUUAGCGUAGACUGAGUGGCAUUGUUUUUUUUUGUGCCAUAAGAUUUUUGCAAAAUACGUAUAUCGGUUCUUGCAAUUUCUCUAGUGUACGUUAGUCGGAUUUUGUUUGGCUUUGUGACUCUGAGCUGAUUUCGAUUUCAAAGAACUUUACAGUCAUCUAUUAUUUGCUGUCUGUUGGCUACGUUUGUUUUUGCUGGUUCAAAGUUUGAUGCCAGAAGCUAAUGGAAGUAGUGUAGAUUUUAUCAUCUUUGAAGGUAAUUUCUAAGAAUUAAUUGAAACUUUUUUAUACAAAAAUUGAUUUUUGAUUUACAGCUAUUUUUUCAGUUAAAUUGCUGUAUUGUUUUUGGCAAUAUUUUAUGCUAGAUUCUUUUCGAACUUGAUCCCAAUUCGGUUUUAAAAAUAAUUGAUUGGACUUUUCAGCAGCUCGAUAAUAAAAAGAUGAGGUAAGUUAAAACUUUUUUUUUGAUAAAUCUAUUUAUCAUUGUGUGAUUUUUGUUCCGACCAUUGAAUAAUGGGGAGGCACUUUGUAUUGUGCUUUGUUUCAGUUCUUGCUCUUCGUUUUUUUUGUUAUGCACGCAAAACCAGAUAGCGAGCACGCACAAGAAACGAGACUAGUUUGAAGAAAAAGAGAAAAACCGAUUUUUAGUAGUUUUUUUACUGAAUGUGAUCGGAACAUUCAGUGUCAUUUUAUCUGCUUAUCAUGUUUUGAAAGAAAUGUCAAUGUAAUCUUUAUUUUUGUUUAUUUGAACAGUUUCUUGACAUGUUUGUUCUUGUUCUUACCACUUGAAGUGUGGAAAGAUAUGUUGGCUUCGGGUCGUUUUUUUUUUUCAUGACAAAUCUGACCAACUCAAAGAAAGCUCUUAGGGUGUCACAUGUGUUAUCUUAACAAAGCCCUUUUGGUCAUGAUUUUUUAAUCUAAAGCAAUUUUCAAAAAAUUUCUCUGCUAUUUGUUGCAUUUUGUCCUAAUUUAAAGCCUUUUUUUAGCCAAAGGGAAAUUACACAAAAAUUGCUAUGAAAAGUUUCUCUUCGUUUUUAUUUUGUCAUUUUUAGUUUUUUCUUUUUAGUUUGGUCGGAACAUUCUGGCCACUUGAACAGCAGCGGUUAUCCUUGAGCAGUUAUGUUUUUGAAGCAUAACAGUUUUAGAUGAUAGGUUUUUGUUGAGAGUUCUCCAAUUUUUCUUAAAUAUCGAUAACGUUCAUUUCUUCUGGUUCGCCAUUGAUACGAAGCGCAGCUUUGCCUCUGUAAAUUUGUCCGAUGUCUGUGCGCAUCAAAAUUUCGCGCUAAUUUUUUACUUAAAAUAGUGAUGACCGCCCUUUCCGAUCACCCUAAGGUACACCACGGGCAUAGGUGGAACGAGAGGGAGAGGGAGAGAAGAUAAAGAGCGACAGAGAGUGAGCAAGAGCCACUCUAUGGCCCCCAACAGGAGAACGAAAACAGACUUGAAAGGCACUCGCUUAGUAUACACGAGAUCUUUUACAAUUUACUUUUAAAAAGUUUUUGCCUUAGAAAGGUGAUUUGAAUAGCUCUGAAGUGCUUUGGGGUCCCCAAUUUGAAACGAGUGUCUUUCCUGAUUGAAUAGUCAGUUUCCAGCCGCCCAAGGGAAAGAAGGGAGCAAAUUCUGGAAGUGUGUUCCAGUCUCUGAUGCCACUGGCUAAUAUUGGAGCAGACGCCGUCACUAGGUCCCCCACCCCUCUGCUGCAGAGUGUGAAGGCCACUCUACAGCCAGUGCUUAGUGCAGUGUGCGAGGGACUCCCGAGGAACAGGGCUUUCGCGGCUGCACUGCCCAAGUUGGAGAAACUGAGGAAGACUCAAGAAGCCAUCUGUGCUCUCCACUUCCGGUGUGAUCGGGGGGAGGGGCGUGCCGGGGGACCUGAGGAGGGCAAAGAAGGCUUCAAUGCGAGUGAGUUUGAGACUAUGAGUAAGGCACUGCACAGUCUGCACUUGAGUGUGAAGGAGAUCCAUGACCAGAUGAGACAUGCAGAGGAGAACUUCCCAGAUGACGACGACAACUGAACUGAAGAAGAGAUAGAUCAUCACUCGGCUCUUCACCCAACCACCUUGCCAAUUUAAAGUUAAAAGUUGUCUAAAAAUUGUUCAUACGGUGUUUUGCAUAUUUAAUAUUGCAAAAUUCAUUUGAGCUGCAAAUAGAGAAAGUCAUUUUAAGAAGACUUUUGAACAUUUUUUUCUGCAAAAAAAUGAUAUGGAACUGAAAAAGAGACGAUGACUCGAAUUGAAGAAUUAAUCCAUCCAACCAGGCUGAUGUUCACCAAUCCGACUGAUACUAACGAAUAGAUGGUUGCUAAGGACGAAUCACGAAAUGAUUUGAAAAAACACCGAUCGAUCAAAUUCAAGAGAUGCCUUAAGACAACCAGUAAAAUGAAUUUUUGUGAAACAAAAUUCGUUUUUCAUACUAAAAUAAACUUUUUCAGUUUAUUUUUCGCUGUCUGUAAUGGUUUCAAACUAUAUUAGAUUGUUGUAAAUCGACCGAAAUUUAUGCUUCACGGUAAAUAAGAGCGUGUUAAGAACCUGUACCUGAGCCGGUACAAUCUUGGGAAACUUUCUGUUUUUUUUCGGAAGUGAUUGUCACCUGGAUUUUAUUCUCUGUACAAUCGAAUCGGAUGGUACAGAGAAUAAAAUUUCAAUUUUAAAUAUGUAAUCACCUUAUAAAAUCCUGUCAACGUGCAAGCUUUUAAGAGGUCAUAUUUGACUAGCCAUUUAGAGGUGAUGAUUUAAAGAAAUUCGAGUUCAAUCUAAGGUUUUUAUUUUAGUUGAUAUUCCUACCGCUGAAAGUAGAAAAGAAAUAUGUCUUCGGAUGUGUUAUAAUUUGUCUGUUUUUACUAAUUUUGUUUUAAACUUUUUCCGAUGCAAAAUCAGGUACUACAAAUAAUCAUCGGAAUGGAUCAAGUGAUAUAUUUUAAGAAAGUCGUUUCAGUCGUGAUUUGAAAUACUACCAUAACUACAUGAUUGCUAGUUUUGCGAGUAGUGAUAUUUGGAUACUUCGUAAUGAUCUAUUAAAAUGCAGAUUUUGUGUUAGUUUUUCGAAAUAUCCCUAGAGGCUAUGGACCGUAUCGUAUCGCUUUAUUUUUCUGUUUUUUUUUAGUUGAACUUAAUCCAGACUCCUAUAAACGUCGUGAUGAUUUUUUUUCAGGAAAAUUCUUGAAAUGCUCUAUUAACUACAGAAGUGCAUUCGUCAGUGUAUAUGCACAUCUGACUUCAAUUUAUUCUCGUUUGCUAAAAGGAAAUUAAAUUGAAAAUUGGCUCUCCAAUUAUAAAAAAGGAAAAGGCGCGGAAAAGCAUGAUCGAUUUCUCGUUCCUAACAAAGUUUCCUUGUUAGAUUAACCAGCAGAGUAACAAUGUUAUCUACUGAUCGAGUUUUCUCAA